CAACUGAGCAUGAACAACUAAUCAAACCCUGCACGCCUCUGUGCUAUUUAAUAAUUUCUUUUUUUCCUAGUCCUGGAAGACCUUUUCAAAGCGCGAAGGUGGAUGCAGCAUAGGGUGUGUUUCUGUGCUGGCAGGUGUAGGAGCAGGUUGAACAGGUUGUGAAUGCCACUCUGUUGUGCCCUCCUCCUCCUUUCUCUACCUGCUUCUCUCUCUAGGACAACUGCUGAUUCUCUUACAUAUUGGCAGGUUAGUGAAGAGAUUUCUGUGCACCUGUUCUCAUCUGACACAGCUGAAGAAAAAGGAAAAUGAGGCCUUUACAAGUCACAGCAAACCUCCUCCUGCUGCUUCAAGUGUUCCACCUAGUAUGCCUGCAAAAUUCAACUGACUCUCCGGGACGUACCAUUGAUAAGAGCUGGCUCCGUCAGCCGCACAAAACUAAAGUCCAAAGUGAAAAUGCUACAUUUAGUGGAGAGAGCGAAUUUGACCAAGCUGAUCAGGUGGCCGAACUCAACAAUGAAUUCAGCAGUGGGGUAACAUCUGGCCUUUUGGCUGAAGAGGAGGAGAACAUAAUAACUUCAGAAGUUCGUGUAACUGAAGCAUUUGAUGGAUCAAAUGUUUUCACUACAAACAUGCCCCCUGCGUUUGAAACUGAAACGACUCAAGAACCAAAAUUACCAGAUCCAGCCAUCUCUCUAAGAAAUGUGACUACAGAGACCACAGACUCAAGUCAAAGCAACAUGACGGAUACUAACGAUAAAUUUAACUCAAUUAUGACAGCAAACGACACAACUAGUGUUACCGAUUACACUAACUUACAGUCCACAACCACCAUGGAAAAGCCUAUAACAACAACUGCAACACCGGAGGAAGAUAUAGGAUUGGGAGGCCUUACAGAACAUACCAGUACAUCUCCUACAACCACAGCAGCACCUGAGAUAUACACAACAACCACCAGAUCUUUAACUACGACAGCGCCGCUGUCUGAAACCACAGAAAUGAUCCCAGAAACCACCACCACUGAAAUGUCAAACUCACCAGAUUUGGCUAACAAAACUGGAAAAAUUGGAAGCGGCUCGGAACGGGGUUCUGUGGCAGAAUCAGGUUCAGAGAUGGAUCCUUACAGGAGUAAAAGGAACGUGGCUUGGUUGGCUGUGCUGGGAACGGCGGCAGCAACAGCUGUUGUGGGAUUGGUGGCCUACAUCAUUCUGAAAAAGAAACAUCAGAAAGCUUUCACUCACCGCAAGCUGGUGGAGGAGUACCCCUCAGAUCCAGUCCUCAGAUUAGACAACUGCAAACCUUUGGACCUGAACUUUGGUGGUUCAGCUUAUUACAACCCAGCCCUCCAAGGGGACAGCAUCCAAAUGACCAGCAUUCCAGGACGUCACUAAAACUGAAAGCACUCCCAGGACAAACAUCUGGAUGCAUAUCUGAAAGAAUUCAGAAAUAUUUCAUCAGUGGAGAAUCUAGAAUGUGAAAUUUUGGGGAAAGGACUGUUGCAGAGUGACACUUGCUAAUGGGAGAAUGUAUCCAUUUACAAUAAAUUGGGGUUCAGAUACAAAUCAUGCAUGGUAUUUGCUAAAGCAAUCUAAUUUACACUGCAACAGCCAACAUUUACUUCCUGCCACCUAAGUAUGUUGCCAAAAAAAACAACAAAACAACAAAAAAACAGUAUCUAAAGCUGAAGAGCUAAAAAAUGAGAAUUUGUCUCCUGCCAGUUAAAAAAGAAAGAACUAAUGAUUUCCUAUUGUUUAAAUAACUGAUAACACUGUUGACCAAAUAAGACAUUAGAAAAAAAGUCAGACGCCUUGAUGAACAAUCAGUUUAUAUUAAUUAGCAAUCACUUGCUAUUACAGCCCUAUGCAGGACACUACAAGUCCUAAUUAAACUGCAAUGUAAGCUUUUCCACAGCUGGCAGUCGCAGCCUGAGUUUGAGAAUUGAACUGACUAAACUAAAAGCUUUAGCUUAUUUUCUGCACUACUGAGGAAGGUGGAGGAAGGCUGGAUGCCCGUUUGUUAUUCAUGAAAUGAUUUUCAUUUAUAUGGGAGCUGUAUACUUGAUUUUAGCACUUUUUAGUAACAAAAAAUAUAUCCUAAUACAUUUUCAAGUCUUCCAACCUCUAGGUGUCCGAGCAGAGAUCUGCUUGUAGCAUCAGCAUGCACUGUAGAGAAUUAGGUAGCAUUUACCUGCUGUAUGAAGUUACUAUUAUUAUUCCCUUUUGUUCUCUUAAUGCUUCAACAUAAACCCGAGGGCCCCCUGAAAGAAAAUUACCUCUUAUAAUAACACACAAGAUAUAUAUUGGAUAUAUUUUUAAAUUGUCCGAUUACCUCCUUUCUACUUUCUUUCUUUGCUGUUAUUCAUAAAAAUACAUGUUACAUCACUAAUGUAAAGAAAAUAUAUACUCAAGCUAAAUGUUUGGCUCCCUCCAUCCUUUCACUCAUCCUUACCUGAAACCUGGACUCGAUCAAUAUUUUCAGUGAACAUGAUUGAUAUGCACCUCGGCUUGACCUAAGCAGCCAACAAGUUAGAAAAGUGUUUUGUGUUGCUGGUAGAUGCAGCAGGUGUGGCAGAUUUGCUGCCCUCCUUGUCGUAAUUUCUGGCAUCAAUCGGUGCUGUGGUUUGCUGCCCCUAAAAAUCACCACAAUUACUGCUGAAAUAAUAGGGCUGAUAAAUAGGGCUUGUUAAAAUGCUACAGAGCUUGAUAAUGCUUGGGUAAACAACUAGCUGCAUAAAACAUGUUUUUGUUUUUAUUAAUCACAGGAAUUUAAAUACCUAAAAACAGAAAUGAUUUUCCUAAUUCUCAAAUAGAACAUUUAAGAAUGUAAGUAUAUUGUUAGUGUUAACACAUUGGGGGAUUCAGUGGUUAUUCAUUUGCUGUGCCUUGCAAAAGUAUUCAUACUAACUUUUUCACAUUUAGCUGCAAAGUUCACAGUCAUUCAUUUGGAUUUUAUGUGACAGGCCAACACAAAGCAGUGCAUAACUGAAGUAUAAGUAAGAUCUAUAGCCCCGAUGGAAAGCGUAGCAUAGAUUUUCAAUUGGAUUUAGGUCUGGACUUUGACUAGGCCGUUCUAACACAGGAACAUGCUUUGACCUUAACCAUUCUAUUGUGGGUCUGGUUAUACAGUAUGUUUUGAGUCUUUGUCCUGAUGGAACACAAACCCCCAUCCCUAUUUUUUUGUAGCCUCAAAUCGUUUCCUUUCAGAGUUCCACUGUAUUUAGCCCAUCCAUCUUCCCAUCUCCUCUCAUCAACUUAUCUGUUCCUACUGAAGAAAGGGACCCCCAAAGAAUGAUGCAGCCAGUGUCCUGUUGUCUGUUCAGGGAAAUGUGUUUUCUGCCAUACUUAGGAAUAUGCUUGCAGGCAAAAAGUUCAAUUUGAUCUCAUCUUAUUAGAGAACGUUCUUUGAGAUGUUUUCUGUGACCCCCACAUGUCGUAAGGAACUGGGACUUCUAAUGGGAUUCAAUAGUGCCUUUCUUCCAUAGAGCUCAGAUUUAACCUGAUAUCCUGUCAACAGAUUCUUAUAACUGAUCUCCUACGGUUUGGUUAUUGGUUAAUUGUCUGUUUAAUGCUCUUCUUGACUAGUUUCUCAGUUUAGAUAGGCAGCUAUGUGUUUGUAUGUUUGCAGAUAUGCCAAGAUAUGCAGUAGUCAUACUGAGAAUUAAUUAGACAUAGUUUAAACUCUAUUUAUUAAUUAGCUUUUGGCUGGAUGCACUGGAUUUUAUUGAAGGUAAUCAGAGUAAAGGGAUUUUAAUACAUAUGCAAAAAACACAUUUUUAAGAUUUUAGAUAUAAGAUUUUUUUUUGGUAUUUUGAAAAUCACGUGCCCUUUAUCUUCCACUUCACAAUUAGGUUUUACUUUGUCUUUGUCUAUCUCAUUAAAUCCUAAUAAAGUACACUAAGGUCUGA